AUGGAAGACGGCGUCAUGGGCCAGAGCCUCUUUAUCGGGCUGUUGGAGAUGCUCUUCCCAGGCCUGACAUACCUUCCGUACCUUGCCGCCUUCAGCUUCCUCAUCAAGUACAUCCUCGAGUCCUGGUCCGAAUCCAUUACCGCCCGUUUCAUCUCAACCAUUGAGAUACGCGCCCAAGACGAGACCUACAACUUCCUCAUGAACUGGGUUUCCCGAAACAGCCUCUCGCAAAACAACUACCGCCUGCAUGCCUCCACCACCCUCACCAACGAAUGUUUCAACUGGGGUGAUGAGGGGCAAGAAAAGCGGGAUGUUGACAAUGACGAUGAGGGCGACCCUGUGGCGAGACAAGUCAGUGACCUGCGACCCAAGGUAUCGAUGUAUAAUGCCAAGCCACUGCACUGGACGCCGGCAUUUGGGACGCACUUCUUCCGCUAUGAGAACCGCAUCUUGGCUUUCACGAGGUCUCUCGAGAGCGGAAACUAUACGUCAAUGCCGCGACAGCCUGAAAAGCUUGCCAUAUCGUGUCUUGGGCGAGACGCCACGGUGCUCAAGCGACUGCUCUAUAAUGCCCGCAUUGACUUUCUGGAGAAGCAAAAGGGUAGAACGAGUAUUUUCAGAGCGACCAAGUUCAGCGACGACGAUGAGAUGACAUGGACGCGGUGCAUGUCGAAAGCGACAAGGCCGAUGUCUACCAUCGCACUUGAAGAAUCUCUCAAACAGGGUCUCAUCAAGGACCUUCGCCGAUACCUCGACCCCCAGACGAAGCAUUGGUAUGCCAAUAGGGGCAUCCCUUAUCGCCGCGGCUAUCUCUUCUCUGGCCCUCCGGGUACCGGCAAGACAAGUCUCACUCUUGCUGCGGCUGGACUAAUGGGCUUGGAUAUUUACAUGGUUAAUUUGAACUCCCCCCGCCUGGAUGAAGACAACCUCGCCUCGCUCUUUCAGUCGCUACCCUACUCAUGUGUCGUGUUACUGGAGGAUAUUGAUGCCACGGGAUUGGCUCAGAAACGCGGCGUGGAGACGACGAACACGGGUUUCCAAAGGCGGAAGAAGCGGGAUCGAGAACGCAUCUCACUUUCGGGCCUGCUCAACACCAUUGAUGGUGUCGCGGCUCAAGAGGGCCGCAUAUUGGUCAUGACUUCGAACCACACCGAGAAUAUCGAUCCGGCGCUUCUCCGUCCGGGGAGAAUUGACUUUACCAUCAGGUUUGGGCUUGCUACUUCGGAGACGGCUAUCACUCUCUUCACUCAAAUGUACGAUGCCCCGGACUUGGAAGGUGACGAUCCCGGGGCAGAGAAGAAGGCUAUCAGCGGAGACGAAAUGGCUGCGAGCACGUCUUUGAGAUCCCAGGCACAGGAGUUUGGAAAGAAGAUUCCCGAUCUUGCUCUUAGCCCUGCUGCUAUUCAAGGAUUCCUCUUGACCCAUCAAGAAGAUCCCCAUGGGGCUAUUGCCGCUGUAGAUGGUUGGGUACAACAAACCCUUACUGACAAUGAAACCAAAGUCUCUACGCCCGAAGAGGUUUCUGAGUCUGGCGAAGACUCGGACUCCGAAGGGAAUGAUGUCGGCGAUGAGGGCUCUAGUGUUCAGCCUUUUUGA